GACAUGUUGGGGGUUUCCAGAGCAGAGAAACAACCCCGCCGAGGGGGAAAAGAGUGGGGUGAAGAGACAGAACAGACACACAGAGACAGAGGAAAUAUCUGCUCGGCCUACCUGUGGUGGACAAAGUGACGCAAAAAGCAGUGAACAAGGAGGGUGGGGGCCAACUGAGCACACGAGAAAAGAGGACGAUCAAAAGACAUCAAACAUCGGCAAACUGAAUAUCACAGAUUAAAACUCAGAAUCUUCAAAGCAAUCAGAUUAGAGGUAUCAAACUUUGGCUUCCGCUAAACAUCUUUUAGGGGACUAAAUUGAUACUAAAGGAUAUCAUAAGUAGUGAUGAGGAGUUGACUUUCAAAGUGGAACUGUCAUAGUGACAAACACCAGCACGGCAGGAAUGAAAGGAUCAUCUUGCCCUCCUGAUCAAUACGAGUACAACGGACUGUGCUGUAACCUCUGCCCUGAAGGGAAAUAUGUUUCUACUUACUGUGACAACAAAACUGUGACAAAGUGCCAGAUAUGUCCCCAUAACACCUACAUGAAAGAGAAGAAUGGUUUGCACUCCUGUUUACCAUGCACACAGUGCGAUGUCAAGAGUCACCAGCGUGAGCUGAUAGCCUGUAAAGCUCACAGUGACAGAAAGUGUACAUGUGAGGUUGGUUAUUACUGUAAGUACAUGGACCAUGAGUCACAUGAGUCAUGUCAGCACUGCAAACAGGUAACAACCUGCCAACCUGGACAAGGAGUCUUUGCUAAGUCCACCAGCAGCACAGACACUGAAUGCAGAAGUUGUGAACUGGGAACCUUCAAUAGCAAGACAGACUAUCAAACACCCUGCUACAAUCACACCAGAUGUGAAGAACUGGGUCGAUAUUUGGUGACUCCUGGGACUCCCAGUGCAGAUGCUGUAUGUGGAGAGUUGCUCAGACCUUGUCACUGGAUAUCUGCUGGUUUGGGGGUAUGUCUAGUCCUGGCAGUACUCAUCUCUAUCGGCUUUCUUUACUGGGUGGUUAAGCGCAAACAAAAACCAGGGAGUGUUACAGUGAGUCCUUACAGUGACAAUCCUCAAGUGCUCCCACCAGACCUUAUCCACCUGCAGACAUACACACACAAAGAUGAGCUCUGUACUGAACAAGAUGACUGCAGGUUGGAGUGUGAUGGCAUUACCAUGACAACAAUGACCAUGUCCCAGAUAGACAGCCACUCAGCUGCCCGGGAGAUGUGUGGAGCGAUGUCUGUCCUCCACUCAGAGCCACAGGAAGAUGAGUGGCCUGGAUCCUAACCAAUCAUAGGGAGAUGAUUGGCCUGGAUCCUAACCAAUCACAGCCUCUCCUCUUUUCAUUCUCAUAACUGUCAAACAACCAUAAUGUUCAUAUGAAGUCAUAAUUUCGAGACCUUCUUUCUUCAGUCAUUUCAGUUCCCACUUAGUUUAAUACAUUUGUUUUGUAAAGAAGCUCCCUACUUUACACCCUUAUACUUCUAUACUUUCAAACAGAAUUUGGGAUUUUAUGACACAGAUAAGCUUGCAUUCCAAGUAAAGAUGAACUCAAUUAGCCUUCUCUAGAAAGGCUGAGCAGGACCAAGGAAGACUGACUAACUAGAUCUUUCAGGCUUUCACAAGCUCCUCAGUGUCCACCAGCAUGUGGGGAGACACUGUGUUCCGGUGUACACUUCUUUUAUCUCUUAUGAAUGCAUGUAAAUGUGUAGAUGCGACUAAAUUGACAGGAAAGUGCAAAAUAAAAGCGUAAGAUGAGACACGUGGCGAACACGGCCAAACAACUUACAACAGAUACACCUUUAAGUGUGAGGUGAGAAGUGAUGAGCUCUUUAAUUGGGGUGGUGUUUACGACCAGUUACAGCAAGUCAAGAUGUAAAUGAUA